UUUGAUUAUAAGCUUAUUGGGUUUUUGAUGGUACUCAAACGACCUUUUAGUGAGGGGGAAGGGGAAUGGUUUACAGUUGGUAAUCAAGAAUCCAAGAGAAGGAUUACAUCUUCAAAAUUUGCUCAAAGUUUGAUAACUGGGAUUUCAUCACAAGAAUUAACCUCAACUUUGGAACCAUUAAUUCGAAGAUGGGUGCAAGACGAAGUUCAGCGUUCAUGUCAGAGAUUCUUUUGUACAUUACCAAGAUCUUCUUUCAACGUGCUUGAACCAUGUCGGAAGACAUCACUGCAGCUGCGCAUUUUGGCUAAGUUGCCUGAUACAUUCUUCACUGGAAGUCAGAUUGAAUCAAAGGACAAAACAGCUGUGAAACUAGUCUUAUUUGAUAUCAACUCCAACAAAGUUGUAUCAUCUGGACCCUUAUCAUCAUUGAAGAUAGAGAUUGUUCCACUAGAUGGUGAUUUCAUCGCUGACAAUGAUGAAGAUUGGUCUGAGAAAGAUUUCAAUUCCAAAGUUAUACAUGCAAGAGACGGCAGACGGCCAUUGAUCACCGGGGAUUUGGUAGUGACCUUAGAAAAUGGAGUCACGGAUCUAGGUGACUUGUGUUUUACUGAUAAUUCGAGUUGGAGACGGAGUAGGAAGUUUAUGGUGGGUGCACGGGCCAAGGGUACGGCUGGUGUGAGAAUUAGAGAAGCAACAAGUCAAGCAUUCGUAGUCAAAGAUCACCGUGGAGAGUCAUACAAGAAGCACCAUCCUCCAUCCUUGGGUGAUGAAAUCUGGCGAUUGGAAAAAAUAGCAAAAGACGGGGUUUCUCAUAAGCGAUUGGCAUCACACGGCAUAUGCACCGUCAAGGACUUUUUGCAAGUGUAUGCUACCAACGAGUCUUCACUACGCAAUUUACUUGGUGGAUCAUCUAACAAGACGUGGGAGACGGUAAUCAAGCAUGCGAAAGAUUGUGUUUUAGAUGAAAAGUUGUACAUGUACCCAUGUGCUGCACAAGGAAUCGGGCUUUUGCUCGAUUCUGUUUUGAAGGUUGUGGGUGCAACCUUCGAUGGUCUAGAUUAUCUGCCUCUCGAUAAGCUCUCUGUGCUUCAAAUGCCUAUGGUGGAAGCUUUAAAGCAACAAGUUUACAAAAACUUGGAGGGUAGGGUACCGAUGGAUGAUCCAUCCGUUUUUGGAGUGCUGGUGCCGAUGUCUAACCUUAAAACCGCAAGUUUAGGUCUGCAGGAUGUUAACAUCCCUCAUUUGCUCCAAGAUGAAGUGGACCUGCAUAUAUGUGGAGUGGGCACAGUUCAACCGGACCAUGAUCCUCCUUCUAUCAGAUACUUUUCUUCACCAGGUUUAAAAAACAGUUUCAUAAUGAGAGAAUUCAACACUGAAGAAGAAGAUAUCGGUAUCGAGUUUGGGGCAUCUUUAUGGGAAGGAUAUGAAGAUCCAAAUAACCACCAAACUUUAGAUUUCGGAAUAUGUUUCGGAUCACCACGGGCAAGGUGGUGCAAGAUUCGAGCUGCAGUCAAGUGGGGUUCGGUGAGGCGAGAUGUGGCUGCUAAAAGAACGGCAGAGUUGCAUUCAUAUCUGAGGUUAGACUGAUGGGUAGGAAGGUUUGGUCAUAACUCGUAAUAAUACCGACUGAUCGGUGGCUGUAUCUGUGUUUCUGCGAUCGCCAUUAUUCGAUCUUGUGCUUCAUGUACCAUGUUUGGUGGUUGUACACAACUCAUGUUUGAGGGUUCUUUCAAUUCAUUAAUUUUAUGUUAGAAAUCAUUUCUUUCUUUCC